UGCCGCCAUCUUAUUCUGUCUGGAAAAGUGGCAUGGUGUUUCAUUCAAAUUAAAUCUAUACAUAACUUACAAUAAUACACUUUCCUUCUGAAGACAUCUAAAAAUGUCUGAGGAAGCUGGUGGAAAGAUAAAAAGUAAACGCCAUCAUGGUUCUAACAAACCGUAUGAACGUAGAAAAUCUCUAUUAGGUAAAGUGAAAGACCUGAUAACACCAUCAUGGUUGUCAAGCUUUGUCAACAAUAAGAAAUCUGAUGAAACAACUGAGAAGGAUGACACAAAUUCCAAGGUUCCUGCAUCCUCACCUAUACAUGGGAGAACUAAACAACAAAAUGAUACAAAGCCUGCUCCAGUUUUUGUCCCACUUGAUAAAAGAAAUGGUACACCUAGCCAACUUAUGGCUCCUCCGCAAUCUACAGUCAUAGCACAUACCAGGUCAGGGGAAGUUGGUCCUAGUUUUAAAGCUGACCAGUUUCCUCUGCAGGCAGGAUUUACAUCAUCACAACUUCCUUUGAUACCAGAGAAAAUGUAUGAACAUCAUUAUCAUCAUGUGGACAAUGAUGACAACAUAUCAGACAGGAGUGAUCACUCUAAGUCUACCAGUGGAUGUUCAUCAAUGAUUCCACAUCCACCAAGUACAGUGCUGAAAGAUAGAGUUACCUUAGAAUUAAAUGAAAGUGAUAUUGACAAUAUCAAGGACAAACUUCUAGUGGAUUCCAAUGACAAACUUCCUCCCAGAUUAGGAAAGUAUCUUACUUGGACUGCACAGUACAAUACUAAGAGGCCUAAGAAGCCAGCACUUAUAGGAAAACCUAGCUUUGAUGUUUCCUUGUUUGGGUCCCCAGUACCUGGAAACAGAUCUGCAUUAUCACAUGAUAGAUUAAAUGAAUCUGCAUUUUAUCCUGGAAGAACAACUUUUGGUGGCGCUUCAUCACAAAGACGACAAAGUUUAAACACAACUGCUCCUUAUGUGUCAUCACCAUUUCCAGUACGCCAGAAAAUGAAAGCCAAACCUUUGAACAAUUCAUUCGCUGGUACUGCUACUACCAGUGGAACAGCUAGAAAGAUAUUAGAAACAUUGGAAAAGAUGACAACACCUCUUGGAGAUGCGAGGAAAAUACCAGUUGAUGAUACAGUAAUGCAGAGCUUGAGUUCAUCAUUUUCCUUUACUCCAUCAGUAUAUAGAAGGCCAACAAGACAUAGUAUAGGAGCUUACAUGAAUUCAUCUAGAGAAUUGCAGACACCAAAUAGAGGUCCACCAUUACAAAGAGUCAGUACUCCAGGAUCAGCUUCUAUUGCUGCCAAUCUCCAGAGAUUUGUACCAAACAGAGAAAGCACGGAAACUACAGGCAGUUAUCAGUUACCUGGAUCUUCUCAAAAAGAUCCCGGAAUGUCCUCAAUUAAUACUCAGGGAGGUAAAAUGAAGAGCAAAAAGUUUACAACACAUCAUGUUGCCUCUAGAAAAGAUGACGAGGAAGAUGAGCCUUACGAAAUGCCACAAUUAAGGACAGAGUUCACACUGCCAGUCAAAGACAUGCCUACAUUUAAUUUCAAUAUGCCAAAGUCUACACCUCAGCGUACAACAAAAGAUUUGUCUAGUCAACAGUACACCUUCUCGUCACCUAUACAGAAAAUGGCUGUUACACCCACUGAUACACCUACAGGUCCACCUAAAAUGGACUUCAAGUUCAGCUCACCAAUCCAACAAGGAGAUGGAUCAGCAUCGCCAAGCAAAUCAAAAAGUGUAACAUUUAAUCUUGGUGAUGACAAUGACAUACAGAUGAAAUACAACUAUAAAAGUUCAACUGUCUCAACCAGUAGUCUCACAGCUUCUCCAGUAUCACAAGGUUUUUCAAAGCCUGUUUCUCAGACAAGUUCAAACAACAGUUCACCUUCCAGUGGUGGCUUCAAAGUGGCAUCAGAAUUAAAAAGUGGAAGUGUUAUGGAUAUCUUAGGAAAAAGUGGCACGGCACAGAAAAAGUCCCCAGAAGUAGCACCAAAGAAUGAUAGUCUAGCCAAGUUUGCUGUGAAAGGAUGGACAUGUGAUAUAUGCCUUUUAAGCAACAAAGAUGAUUCAGAUAAAUGUGUAGCCUGCACAUCACCUCGACCAGGAGCUAAGCCAUUAGCAUCAAAGAAUGAUAGUCUAGCCAAGUUUGCUGUGAAAGGAUGGACAUGUGAUAUAUGCCUUGUUAGCAACAAAGAUGAUUCAGAUAAAUGUGUAGCCUGCACAUCACCUCGACCAGGAGCUAAGCCAUCUGUACCAAAGAAUGAUAGUCUGGCAAAGUUUGCAGGUAAAGGAUGGACUUGUAAUGUGUGUUUGGUAUCCAAUAAAGAUGAUGCAGAAAAAUGUGUUGCUUGUGCUGAACCUAAGCCUGGGUUGAAGAAAAGUACAUCAAAAUCUGCAGGUGGUGAUAGUUUACAGUCAAUUUUCAAGAAGCCUUCAGGUAACUGGGAUUGUGAUGUAUGUUUAGUCCCUAACAAAGGAGAUGUCACAAAGUGUAUAGCAUGUGAAACACCAAGACCUGGUACACAGCCAUCAUCAUCAGGUGGAUUGAAGAUAGCCCCAGGAGCUUUUUCUGGACAGUCAGGAUUUAUUCUUCCUGUAGGAUCUAAUUCUAAUUCAAACAUGUCAAACAGUGGGUUCAGUCUUGGUGGAGAUUCUAAAUCAGCAAGUGGUUCUGGAUUUAAAUUUAGUGGUGAAAUUACUUCAGCGGGAAGUGGAUUCAAAUUUGGGGAUAGUUCAGUAAAAUUGUCAGAUGACUCUGACAAACAAAGUUCAAAUGUCAAAUCAGAUAAUAAGGAAAAAGGAGGAUUUGUGUUUGGAAAAUCUAAUUCCUUCUCUCCCCAAAAGUCUGCACUGACAGGAACAGGUUUCAAGUUUGGGGAAAAUAAACCUGACGAAAUUAACAAAUCAGGUUUUCUGAGUCAGAACUCUUUAUCAGGUACCAAAGACAAAUCUUCUGCUAGUGGAUUUAUGUUAGAAAAGACAUCAUCAGAAUGUUCAGAUAAAACAGACGGUGUUAGUAAACUGAACUCGGAUAGUACUGUUAUAUUAGACAGUACUAAGAUAUCUGUUACCACAUCAACAGUAGCAACAACAGGACUAGCUUUUAAUUCUAAGUCUGACUCAGAAACAAAGACAUUAACUACUCCCGGUGGUAUUAACUUUGGACAGUCAGUUUCUGCAACAGGACAAAAACCUGCAAAUGGUGGUUUUGUCUUUGGUCAGUCAUCUAAUAAUGACAUAAAGACAACUAGUGUAAAUUCUAUAUUUGGGACUUCAAGUAGUAAUAAAUCUGACAGUAGUAAUAGUAUAUUUGGAAGUGAUCCAAAAACAUCAAUAAAUAGUUUUACAGGAACAAACAAUUCAGGGUUUUCAUUUAACAAGACAGAAGAUAAAAAGUCAGAGCCUUCAUUUAAUAAUCAGUCUACUAAAGUAUCUCCUAAUUUGAAAAGAAGCAGAGAUGAUGAGACAGGACCAGGAGAAAAGAAGAAGCCCUUUGCUGCACCAUCAACAGCAUCUUCAGGAUUGUUUCAGUUUGGUGUCAAAUCUACUGCCAGUACAAAUGCUGCCCCCUCUAGUGCAUUUGGACAGAAUAAAGAUAGUAAACCAACAGCGUUUGCUGCUCCAUCUUUUAACUUUGGAGGAGCAGCACCAACAAAUUCUACAACAGGAUUUAAUGCCGUCCCUCAGACAACGACUAGCUCAAUAUUUAAUUCUACUGGAUCAAGUAUAUCAUCUGGUACAGUGUUUGGGAGUGCUGCAACAGUAACGUCAAGUUCAACUGGUUCUUCCUUUGUAUUUGGAGCCAGCUCAGCUAACCCAGCUACAAGUUCUGUCACAUUUGGGUCAACUCCACAGACAUCAAGUUUAUUUAGUAAUUCAAAAAGCUCAACACCAACAUUUGGUACUUCCACUAGUAUUCCAAGUUUUGGUAGUCCAAUCAGUACAGUUGGUGGAUUUGGCUCUACAGCUACUGGAUUUGGUUCCUCUUCAACUAAUCCACAAUUUGGAGCAUCUCAGCCAUCAUCCACUCCAGCAUUUGGUACACAACAAACUUCAACACCAACAUUUGGAACACCCCAGACAACAGCACCAGCAUUUGGAACCCCUCACACCUCCGUCCCAGCCUUUGGUGCACCCCAGUCAUCUAUUCCCUCAUUUGGAACACCUCAAAAGCCUUCAGGACCAGUCUUUGGUGCAACUCAAAAUGCUUCAUUUGGACCUACUCCUGUUACGUCAUCAACUCCAGGCGGUUUUAAUUUUAGUGCUGCACCAAGCUUUAAUUUUGGGCAGAGUUCCAAUACACCACAACAGCCAGCUGCCCCUUCUGCUGCUGUAUUCCAGUUUGGUGGACCAAAACAGGCUGAAGCUCCACAGCAGCCAACAGUGCCUGCAGGUGGGUUUAAUUUUGGACAGGCUGCUAGCACUCCUGCAGGGACGCCUUAUAACUUUAGUGCCGCACCUACCCCAGCUGCAACACCAUCUUUUGGAGCUGGAGGGUUUGGACAACCUUCAACACCACAACAGUCUGGCACAGGAAUGUUUAAUAUAGGAGCUGGAAGCACAGAUAACAGAAAAAUUAAGAAAGCGGUUAGGAAAAUCAGAAGAUGAGUUACAAGAACUUAAUGGCCGGUGUACUGGACUUGUGAAUUUUUAUUUAACAUUCCAUGCAUAUUUGUGACAACAUAGGAAAUGUCAAGAAAAUAUUGUUGUAUCAUAUUGUCCAUUGUCUAGUGUAUACAUAAAUGUUAAAAUUUUUAAAGUUUACCAUAAAGUAUUGAAGCCCAAUCUCUUUUCAGUGGCUUUUCAAAAAUAUCAUUAUAUCUCUGAAUAAACAUAUUUUACAUGGGAGGGACUGCAUCAAGCAUUUUUAGAUUCUCAUGUUUUGAAUCUUUUAAUUAUUAAUAUGUCAUGAAAUCUUUUAAACCUCUUUAAUACAAAAAUGUAGUGUCAUUUAUACACAAAGAAAUUAAUAUAAAACUUUAAAGCACUUUCAUGUGGAAUCUUUAAAAAGAAAAAGCCACCUUGGCUAUAGUUAGUUUCAGUCUGAAAGGUUUGGGAAAUAAAAUGUUUCUAUUGAAAAGCCUUAACAUGAUAUUAGUGUUGUCAAUGGUGUAGCAAUGAGUUGUGAAGUAUCAGUACUAUGUAGUUAAGCAGUCAUAUCAUAAAGAUUUCCAACACAUUUUUUUUUUAAACAAAAACUGCCGACAUAUGUACUCAAACUGAUAUAGUGAACUUACUAUUUAAAACAACAAGAAAUAUAUAGCUACAAAAUCUAGGUGUCUUCAAGUUUUUUUUCCAUGUUCAGUGUUUAAUGAAGAUAGACUUAAAUAUAUCAACUUGAAGUAAAUGAUAAUCUCUUUCUAGAUUUGAACUGAUUAUAUUGCUGUUAUGCUUAUUUUUAUGUUGAAAGCCAAAAACAAAAUAUAUCAUGAAAUGUGAUGUAUUUGUAGUUACUUUUUAAUUGAAAAACUAUCUAAAUAGACAUAAAUUAGUAUGUCAUUUGUACAUAUGUAUUUCAUUAUAUUGAGUUGCCACCUACAAUCUGUCGUAAGAAUAACAUCUGGGCAUUGAAAUUGUUGGCAUUGUCAAUAGUCAUUGUGUAAUACUUAUUCUAACUUUUUUUCUCUAUAUUCAAUAUGUAUAUUGUAGAUAUAUGUCUGUUAGCAUCAUGUUCUUAUUUUUCAUUGAUCAUGAUUUGACACCUUUUGUAAGAUUUCACUGGACCCGAAAAGAUAUUUCGAUGCAUAAAUGAAAAUAACGACUUUCUGUUGUGUUCAGUGAAUCUUUCAGGGUAAUAGUAAAUUUGUAUAUACAAUAAAAAGACAAUUUUGCAGGAGUUUGUGCUGUGUUUUGAAAAUCUGUCUUUCGUCUGCUUUUUAAAGUAGUUAGAUGUUCAAAGGGCAAAUUUUACAGGACCAGUGCUGUUUAUAAAAUGUUUUCUAAUUGGUGCUAUAUUUUCAUGUCAUGAAUUUUUAAUGACAAAUUUUUAUCAUUCCUAAUUUGCAUAAUGUUUAGUAUGCAUAUAUGUUAUCCUGCAGAAUCUGUCAACUUUGGGUACCAGAAGUGUCUUAUUUUUUGUUGAAUAUUUGUGUCUGUAUAUGGUAUCCAAAGUAUUGUAUCAUUUUGUGUCAGUUUACCUCUUUAUCAUAUACCAUGUUCUGCUUUAUCUGCAUGUUAUCAUCUCAUUUAAACAGAAAAGUGGAUAAUUGACAAUAUGUAAAUACAUAAAUUGUAUUGUAAAUACUGUUUAAAAAAAGUGCAAAAACUAAUAUCGUAGUAUUAUAAAAGUUCAAAUAUUUUCAGAGUUUGAAGGAAAAAUGGUUUAUACAGAAGUCUCUUUUUCACCCAAAUUCAAUUGAUUUAUUGAGAAGGGAAAUUCUAAGUGAUUGUAUGGGACUUUUGUAUAAGGGUCAAAACAUAGGAAGACUUGUUUAUGAUUUAAUUAAGAGACUCAGAAAAUAUUACAUAAAUGUGUUCCCAUUGUCUUUCUGUAGCUGACCAUCAGUGAAUGGCAGUACUUAAACUAACUUUAAAGAUUAUAUGAUUGUGUAUGUGUUUAUUUUUUACAUAUUCUUUAUUCUUGUGAAAAUGAUUUCUAUAGGGGGCUCUACUUUUAUUGCUGUAAUGCAACAGUUUUUUUCUUCCUCCUCUUUUUAAUUUUUUUCUUCCUUUUGUUUUCUUCCAAUUUGAUUUUAACUCCUAUUAUUCUUUUGGAAAAAUCUGAAUCUGAUUACAUUUACAUUCUGAUGGAAGAAGCUCCAAUAUUAAAGAUUCACAUCAUUUCACAUUUGAUAUUAAAAAAAAUCAUAUAAGUAAAUCAUAUACACUUUAAAGUUAGAUAAUUGAUUUGAAAAUACUAUUUUUUUACAUUCAGAUUGUAGCCCUGCUGUUGUGUGGUAAAGUCAAAUUUUUAAAACCGGUUUUGUUGUAUAGAAAAGUUAGUGAAGCUUAAAAUGUCAAUAUCCUGAAACUAGAAAAAGUCAUUGAAUAUUUUAGUAAUUUCUAAGACCUCAGUAGUUACAAGCUGUUGAAAACUUAAAAUAAAACAUAGUACUCAAAAAAUGGUGGUCAGAAGAUUUUGACCACCAAAAUUUUGCAAAAGAUGGACAGUAUAAGUAUUUUGCAAUAGAAAUAAUAGUGAGGACUAGCAGAUUUUCUUCAAGGACCACCAGAGAAAAAAAGAUUUUAGAAAUCUGAUCAAAUACAUUUUUUAAAAAGAAAUUUAGAUUUUAUGAUUUUUGAUGUAUAGUUAGUGCAAACAUUUUAAGUUCAUUGGUUGUGUGUAAUGUGUGAACUUGUAGUAAAGGAAUAGAAACUUCCGUUAAGAUUUAUUGUAAGAUGACUGAAGCAGAACAGCAGGGUAUAACGAGUCAUCAAUCUGUGAUGCAUUUUUGAUUCCUAUUGUGCUCAUGUUAUUGUUGUUAUGCAGGAUUUCACAGAUGUUAAAUAGAGACAAAGGUCUCGAAAAAAUCCUGGCUCCGUGAUCAAGUGAAGGAUUUUAAUGUCAAAUGUAAUUUAUUUGAAGUAAGAACAUAAC